CUCUGUCUCAUUGUUCUCUCUAGAUUAGAUACAGACUGUAUCAUACUGAAAAGUAAUCGAGUCAAUUCUCUCCCUCCUCUUCUGACUCGAACUUCUCAACGUCUUACCUGCAUACGACCUCGGCUUGACCUUUUUCGUACAAUCAUCACAUUAGCGUCGCGAUCCAUCCAUUCUCGCUUUUUCCCGCCAGCCUAUAGCGUCAUAGCUGCAGCUUACAGCGACAAGACGUAGACGCUAUACAUAUAGCUACGCCCGCACGCCUCUCUAGACUCAUUAAUUCCAGGUUUCUCGGCAAUUGACUUCUUCAUCUGAACUGAAGACGAAAUACACAGUCAAGAUGGCGGGGAAUAUCGUGGAUCAGGAGCUUCUAGACGCUGAACGCGCUGCUUCUCCUCAGCGAUACCAACAGCGCGACAGUGCUGAAAUAGAACGAGUCAUCUCCGCAUCAACCGUCUCCUCAUCAUCCUCCGAGAACUCAGCACGUCGAAGAAGCCGCUCAAUUGGCCAAUACAACAGCAUCAGCCGUAUCUCAACCCAAAACGACCUAGAGCGUCAUCCUACAGAACUCAGCAGAAUACAAACAGCUCGAAGUCAACACAAUGCCACCGUUGGAGGAAGUCUUCGUUCCCGCACAGCCUCGCGAGCUUCGCGAAAGCCUCUCCCUAACUUUGGCGCUGGAAAGCCAUAUCCUCCUCCUUUGCCGGAGCAGGAGCAGUAUGUCGUUGAAUUCGAUGGACCCAAUGAUCCUCUGCAUUCGCAGAAUUGGCCCUUGAGGAAGAAGCUUAUCACUGCUGCUGUUUUGGGUUUCACUACCAUGACAUCUGCUUUCACGUCGUCUAUUUUCUCUGCUGCGACUAUGGUUGUUGCUCACGAGUACAAUGUUGGCAACGAGGUUGGUCUUUUGGGAACGACCUUUUACGUGCUUGGUUUUGCCUUUGGUCCCUCGCUUUGGGCUCCUCUGUCUGAGUUGCGCGGUCGUCGUCUUCCAAUUCUCAUCUCCAUCUUCGGUUUCUCUGUCUUCUCCAUCGGCUGCGCAACUGGCAAGGAUAUCCAGACUAUUCUCUUGUGCCGAUUCUUCAGUGGUUUCUUCGGUGCUUGUCCUCUUGCUGUCGUCGCUGCUGUCUUUUCCGAUAUGUUUGACAACCGUACUCGAGGUACUGCCAUUACUCUCUUCUCCAUGUCCGUCUUUACUGGUCCUCUUCUCGCUCCCUUCAUUGGUGGUUUCAUUGUUGAGUCUCACCUUGGAUGGCGCUGGACUGAGUAUCUUGCUUCUAUCAUGGGUUUCACUGCUCUGAUUCUCGAUGUCAUCUUCUUGGAGGAGACUUACCCGCCUGUCAUUCUCAUCGCCAAGGCGGCUGAUCUGCGACGUCGCACUAAGAACUGGGGUAUUCAUGCCAAGCAAGAGGAAAUCGAGGUUGACUUCAAGGAGCUCGUCCAGAAGAACUUUUCUCGACCUCUGCGUCUGCUCUUUACUGAGCCCAUCAUUCUUCUGCUUUCCAUCUACAUGAGUUUCAUCUAUGGACUCCUCUACCUUUUCCUUACUGCCUACCCUCUUGUCUUUGUUGGCGUUCACGGCUUCAGCUCUGGUCAAUCCGGUCUUUGCUUCUUCGGUAUGAUUGUUGGUCAGCUCAUAGCUGGUGCUACAGUCAUUGCUCAACAGCCUUGGUACAUUCGCAAGCUUGCUGCCAACAAUGGCAUUCCUAUUCCCGAAUGGCGUCUGCCUAACAUCAUGGCUGGUGGUGUUGCCUUUGCCAUUGGUAUCUUCUGGUUUGGAUGGACUGGAUACACCAAGGACAUUCACUGGAUCGUUCCCACUCUCAGCGGUCUCUUCACUGGUUUCGGUCUCAUGUCCAUCUUCCUCCAGGCUCUCAACUACCUCGUCGAUGCCUAUCUCAUGUUUGCCGCCUCCGCCAUCGCCGGUAACACAUUCCUUCGAUCUCUCUGCGGUGCUGGUUUCCCUCUGUUUGCCCGUCAAAUGUUUGACGGUAUGGGCAUUCAAUAUGCUGCCACCCUUCUUGGCUGUGUCGCCGCUGUGCUUGCACCAAUCCCCUUCAUCUUCUAUCGUUACGGUGCCAAGAUUCGCCAGAGAAGCAAGUAUGCUCCCACCGCUCCUCCUGCCCCUGCCUCUGGCUCUUCUGCAGAGGAAGACGAGAAGGAGAAUGACAACGAUACCGCCUUGGCUGCUGUCAUCGCUCGUCGCGACAGUGUGGCCAGCGGUGCCAACAAGGAGAGCGCUUAAGUCUCAUCACCAUUUUCACAUAUCUUUGCGUAUUUAAUAACUAGCAACGUCUGAUGGAGUUUUCGGGUCACGCUUGGAAAAAGGGCGUUUCAUGACUUGGGCUCGUUGGAUGAUGAUGGUGUAGCGGGUUUGCAAAAAUGUCGUUUUGGAUAGAUACCACUAGGAAAUUGCUCAGAUUAUACCAUGAUAUGAGAUGGUCACGCAAACAUCUCUUCAUGUAAUACCCUAAUUAAUACGAAUGUCAUUUAAAGGAACAAUGCCUACAAG